UUCAAAUUCCCAACUAUAUUUCUCCUUGCAUUUCCACUCCAAGAAACCACUAAAUAAAAAAAAAAAACUCAUUUUUCACACACCACAAUCACUACAAUGGCGGAGAAUCAAGAACAAGUGGAGCCGAAGGAGAGAGAAAUUCCAGUUUUCACAGUCUUGAAGAAUGGUUGUGUAUUGAAGAAUAUCUUCGUUUUAGAUAACCCUCCCCCUAUUUCUUCGUCUUCCGCGGCAGACAUUUCCGUUCAGAAAUCAGAAAUUGAAGAGAUAUUGCUGGUGGGGAGGCACCCCGAUUGCAAUAUAAAUUUGGAGCACCCGAGUAUAAGCAGAUUCCAUCUCCGCAUUCACUCGAAACCCUCUUCUCGAUCUCUUUCCGUCACAGAUUUAUCCUCCGUCCAUGGGACUUGCAUCUCUGGGAAAAGAAUCGAGCCAGGUGUCACGAUGGAACUAGUUCAGGGUGACACGCUGAAGCUGGGGGAGUCUAGUAGAUUGUAUAAACUAGACUGGGUUCCAAUCAGCUAUGCGUAUGAGGUAAACGGCCUGUUUGAACCUCAGCUGGAUGAGUUGGAUAGCGUCGAUGAAAAAACAUUAGUAGCCGAUCAGGAUGAGAAUUGUCUGCCUCGUGAAAAUGAAUGGGACCGGGAUCAGGGUGAUGAAAUAGAAGCUCUAGGGUGGCAAUUUUCUGAGGCGGAUCUAGGUUUGUCAGUGCAAGAAACGGCUGCAGAAGUAGAGAACCCUCGCUUGCCUGAAAUGUUCAGCAACGAAAAUGAAGCGCCUGAAAUGUUCAGCAACAAAAAUGAAGCGCCUGAAAUGUUCAGCAACGAACAUGAAGCGCCUGAAAUGUUCAGCAACGAAAAUGAAAUCUCUGGUGGCCAGCUGUUAUCACUGGAUAUGUCAUUUUCAUGUGAUGAAGGCGGAGGGGUGUGGAAGCAGGAUGGGGAUGGUUUGUUGCUACACAAAGAUGAUUUAGGUGAAACUAUGGAGGAUAGGAUGUUACGUGACGAGUCAAAAAUGCCUCCACAGCCAGAAGAUGAAGCGGAGACUGUCAGUUCGCCUGAGAUACGCAACAAUGAGAUUGUUUUCUCGAGCAUUCAGAAAGGCCAUAUGCCAUUAGCAGAAACUAUGGAGGCUUCUGAGAUGAACUCGGAGAAAAGGUUAGGUAUGAAUAUUUGGUCGAGGAGGGGUAAAUUCGAAGAUGUCAAGAUCAGAACCAGCAGAAGCAAGGCAAUCUGCUCGAGCAUUCAUAUGAGCGCACAUAUCAGAUCACUUCUCGUUGAAGACCGUGCAAACAAAUCAACGGUGAAAGAUCAGGGUGGUUCUAGUCCUAAUAAGGAUGAAGGGAUCUUCACACCGGACAAGGAGAACGCUUCUCCUGAUUCCUGCCUGGUGAGAUCCUUGGGAAGCAAAUUCGACGAAGCUUUGAAGAGCGAAUCAAUCUCAGAUGAAGAAAUUUUCACUUCAGAUAAAGAGAAUACGACUCCGAACAGCUAUCUACUCAGGUCCAUCAAGAAUGUCGGGAGCUCUGAAGAGGUUAGGCGCCUGAACUUGAACAAACCUUCUCCCUUGAAGAAAGCUAGCCGCAGCAUUUUACAGGAACGUAAAUCAGAAAGCUCUGCUUUCAACGGGAAGGCAGCAGAAAGGGAACCUUUUCUUCCGCUGCCUGUGGAUAGCCGUGGCAUUUUACAGGAACGUAAACCAGAUAGCUCUGCUUUCAAAGCGAAGACAGUAGAAAGGGAACCUUUUCUUCCGCUGCCUGUGGCUAGCUGCGGCAUUUUACAGGAACGUAAAUCAGAAAUCUCUGCUUUCAAAGGGAAGGCAGCAGAAAGGGAACCUUUUCUUCCGCUGCCUGUAAUUUCCACUGGUGAUGAUAAGUCCACACCGACACCUCCAGUACGUGAAUGCACAGUGAGAGAAAGCCGAUGUGUCGAUUACUCCAAGGCGAGAGGGAACAGGUGGAUUAUUGUAGUAGACACUGGUUGUCUGCUUAACAAGAAGUCAAGGAGGGAGCUGCAGCUGUUGAGAGGUCUUCGAGGGACCUCAUUGGUCAUUCCAAGAAUUGUUUUGAGGGAGCUCGACUGCAUGGUGAGACGCACUAGUUUCCUGUCAAGAAUGACGGAGGCCUCUGCAGCGCUGCAAUGGAUCGAGGAGUGUAUGGCUUCAACAGCAUGGUGGAUUCACGUGCAGAGCUCAGCAGAGGAGAGCAGGCUUGUCCCACCAACUCCGCCUGCUGCUGCAUCUGCUCGCUGGUUCAGUGAGGAGAAAGGCGCGUUCUCCGUCAGCUCUAUCCCUUUCUCUCCCUAUACUCUGCAAGAAAUUGUCACUCCAACUGCUGCAGACCACAUCCUCGAAUCUGCUAUCCUCUUCAAGCAAGCCAUGGAUGGACAACUUGUCCUUCUCAGUGAUGAUGUUACUUUAAAGAUCAAAUCCAUGGCCGAGGGUAUCAUCUGCGAGACAGCAAGAGAGUUUCGUGGCAGUCUUGUCAACCCUUUCUCAGCGAGGUUCUUGUAUUCAGAUAGUUCUCCAAGAGGGCCUACAUGGACUUGUGUGGAUGAUACUAUCCUUAAGGAGAAAUACUACCCGAGUCCCACAAAGAAAGCCACGAACUCAGGAGUCGGGGCUAAAGGUUUGAAGCUGAUACUACUGCACAACUCCAAUUUCAGAAAGAUGAGAGCUUAGGCAGUUUGACUUGAAAGUUAUUGAGUGCUUCUCAAUUUCUCAAUGUAUGUUACAUUGUUACUAUAUUUGGGAGUCUUGCUUUACUUUGAUA